AUGGUAGGUGCCUUUGGUAUCGUAUCUUUGAAGAAUCUUGCCGAAGAAGGUUUCGGAGUGACCGGGUUUGAGCGUAAUUCCUAUGUUGGCGGUCUUUGGAAGUUUACCCGAGAGGAUAAGACUUCUGUGUUACCUACAACUGUUGUCAACAUUUCGAAAGAAAGAGGGUGUUUCACAGACUUCCCGUUUCCUGAUGCGACAACCAGUCAACCCUCGGCCGAAGAGGUGGCGCAGUAUCUUGAGGACUAUGUCGAUCACUUCAAGCUGCGAUCAAUGAUGCGCCUCAGUACAGUUGUCACUCAUGUAUCGCAUGACGAGGCUCUCAACAAAUGGAUCAUUGAAAUUUCUGAUUCACCCAAAGAAAUGUUUGAUAGGGUCAUCAUCGCAACAGGAAUGAACCAAACACCCAACUAUCCGAAUGUCAAAGGCAUUGACCAGUUCGAAGGCGAAACGCUCCACUCCAAAUCUUACAAAGGCCCAGAGAACUUCGCAGAGAAGAAAGUGCUGGUCUUCGGCUUGGGAAACACCGGCGCUGACACUGCAACGUCACUUGUGGGCCAUGCAAGCGAGAUAUAUGUUUCUCACCGAGAGGGUGCUCUCAUCUCUGCCGUAAGCUUCCUCGAACCAACAAAGGUCGUCCGAUUGACCACACACUCAACAUCCGCUUGA